AUGAAGCAUUGGCCGUUCAAGGUUAUUCAAGGAGAAGGUGCUCGUCCAAAAAUCCAGGUGGAGGUUAAAGGAGAAAUGAAGACGUUCUUCCCUGAGGAAGUCUCCGCCAUGGUUUUGACUAAAAUGAGGGAAACGGCCGAAGCAUUUUUGGGACAAACCGUGAAAGAUGCUGUCAUCACUGUGCCUGCGUACUUCAACGACAGUCAACGCCAAGCCACAAAGGAUUCUGGAACGAUUUCUGGACUCAAUGUUUUGCGUAUCAUCAACGAGCCAACUGCUGCGGCCAUUGCUUAUGGUUUGGAUAAGAAGGGCCAAGGCGAGCGAAAUGUAAUGAUUUUUGACUUGGGCGGUGGAACUUUUGAUGUGUCAAUCUUGACUAUUGAAGAUGGUAUUUUUGAGGUUAAGUCGACUGCUGGAGACACUCACCUUGGAGGCGAAGAUUUUGACAAUCGAAUGGUCAACCAUUUCGUGGCUGACUUCAAGCGUAAGCACAAGAAGGACCUUGCCACCAAUCCACGUGCUCUCCGUCGUCUUCGUACUGCUUGUGAACGCGCUAAGAGGACUUUGUCUAGCUCCACUCAAGCGAGAGCUUUGCGCCAUUUGUUCCGCAGUACUAUGGAUCCAGUUGAGAAAUCAAUUCGUGAUGCUAACAAUAAGAUGGACAAGUCUCAAAUUCAUGACAUUGUUUUGGUUGGAGGUUCAACUCGUAUUCAAGUCCAGAAGCUUUUGUCUGACUUCUUUUCUGGCAAAGAACUUAACAAGAGCAUCAACCCGGACGAAGCUGUCGCCUAUGGAGCUGCUGUUCAGGCUGCAAUUUUGUCUGGCGAUAAGUCUGAGAAUGUUCAGGAUCUUCUUCUUUUGGACGUUGCUCUACUCUCGUUGGGAAUUGAAACUGCUGGAGGUGUCAUGACUCCGUUAAUCAAGAGAAACACGACUAUUCCCACCAAGACUUCUCAAACAUUUACUACUUAUUCUGACAAUCAGCCUGGUGUUCUUAUUCAGGUCUAUGAAGGUGAACGUGCUAUGACUAAGGACAACAACUUGUUGGGCAAAUUCGAGUUGAGUGGAAUUCCUCCUGCUCCUCGUGGUGUUCCUCAAAUCGAAGUCACCUUUGACAUUGACGCCAACGGAAUUUUGAAUGUUUCUGCCCAAGACAAGUCGACUGGAAAGCAAAACAAGAUCACCAUUACUAAUGACAAGGGACGUCUUUCCAAAGAUGAGAUUGAGCGCAUGGUCCAAGAAGCUGAGAAAUAUCGUGGAGAGGAUGAAAUUCAGCGUGAUCGUGUUUCUGCUAAGAACGGACUUGAGUCUUACUGCUUUAACAUCAAGCAGACAAUGGAGGAUGAUAAGGUUUGA